AUGCCAGAAGCUCCAAUAUCUUCACCAAAUAAUUCUCCACAAAAACCAAACUUGCACAUAUUAUAUUACGGCCUCGCCAUAGUCGGAACCACCGCCGUUUUGCUCGGCAUCUACAACCUCCUCCUCAUGCGGUGGCGCAGUCAUGAAAACAACCGCCGGAAUAAUAUGGGAGGAGCUGCUGAUAAUAAUAAUAAUCAGUCGUCACUUGAACAAACUAAUUCCAGCCGAAUUUCUGAUCUGAGCUUAUUGUCAAGCUUUAGGUACAAAAAAGGAGGAGAUAAUAAUAUUAAUAAUGAUCAAGAAUGUGCGGUUUGUUUGUCAGCAUUUGAAGAAGGAGAAGAAGUGAGAGAGCUACCGAGAUGUAUGCACUCUUUUCAUGUUUCGUGUAUUGAUAUGUGGCUUUAUUCUCACUUGGAUUGCCCCCUUUGUCGUUCGCCGGUGGAGCCGCUGGUGCUUCGCCGGAAUAUUUUCACAAUGCAAGAGGAUAAUUCUCCAGAAGGAUUGCUAGUUUAA